GUGAAAGAGCUCCAUUUUCCUCGAUAAAGGCACCGUGAAUCAGCACGUUUGUUGUGAAUGUAGUUUUAGGCAACGCAGGAGCCAGUUUAGUGAUCUGUUAUCGGUUAAGUGAGUACCGAUGGAGUCUGAAACGGAUGAAAUGCGCGAGUCCCUGAUCGACUGCUUGAGGCCGAGGCUGAAGGAGCUUAUUGUGGUGGAUCGGGUCCUGGAUCUUAUAGACUUUAUCGAAAACGAGCAAAAGGAACGGAUCAGACAGAAGGCCAGAAACGAUGGUGAUAUUUCGGCUGCGGACUCCCUUAUUAACGCAGUAGUUCAGAAGCCACAUACUCCCGGAUGGUUCACUGCGUUCGUUGACGCACUGAAUAACGGGGGCUGUAAAUUCGCAGCUGACUACAUCCAGUUAAAUCUCCCAACUCCCGAAGUUGAGGCAGAGAAUGAAAACUGUGUCCGGUUUAUUCACUUACUUAUUCCCAGCCUUGCAGACAUGGGUACAGACCAAGUGUGUGCAGACUGUUUCAGUAAAGGACUGCUCACCAUAGAUGAGCGCGACAGAAUUAUGGCUGAAAUAGUCAACAGGGGAUCCAGGAGUGGAGCAAGGGAACUUUUAAGAAGAAUUAUCAAAUGUCCACCAGGAUGGUAUUCAACAUUUCUUCAAAUUCUUAAAGACACUGAACACCAUGUGCUCUAUAAUGAGUUGACUGGCAACGAAGAUAAGAAACCAUCACUGAAAGACAAACCUAAAGCUACAACAGGGGAGAGUCCAGCAUCAGCUGAAAGUUGUGAUGGCACUGAAUCCAUGGAGAUCACCGUGAACGAACAGACUAUGGAUCAAUCCACAGACUUGUAUGCAGGCAAUGAACUGCCCAGCAACUCGGAGCCCUCACAGCCAGGAUCAGAUAAGAAACCAUCACUGAAAGACAAACCUAAAGCUACAACAGGGGAGAGUCCAGCAUCAGCUGAAAGUUGUGAUGGCACUGAAUCCAGGGAGAUCACCGUGAACGAACAGCCUAUGGAUCAAUCCACAGACUUGUAUGCAGGCAAUGAACUGCCCAGCAACUCGGAGCCCUCACAGCCAGAUGGAAGUGCCUUAGAAGUUGCCAGAAGCCCAGAAAAAGAAAUUAUUCUCCGAGAUUAUCAGAUGGAAGUCGCUGGACCUGCCUUGGAGGGGAAAAACAUCAUCGUAUGUCUCCCCACAGGAAGCGGUAAAACCAGAGUUGCAGUUUAUAUUACCAAAGAACAUCUGGACAGAAGGAAGGCUGAAGGGAAACCAAGGAAAGUGAUCGUCCUGGUGAACAAGGUUCCUCUUGUUGAGCAGCACUACUCUGCAGAAUUCCUGCCCUUUCUCAAGAACAAAUAUAAAGUGGAGCGAGUCAGCGGAGACUCCCAGCUCAAAAUCUCUUUCACAGAAAUCGUGAAGAAGAAUGACAUCAUCAUUUGCACAGCCCAGAUUCUGGAAAACUACUUAGAGAGGGCUAACGGUGGAGAGGAUGAGGGCGUGAACUUAAGUGACCUGACACUCAUUAUAAUAGAUGAGUGUCACCACACUCAGAAGGGAGGCGUCUACAACCACAUAAUGAUGCGAUACCUGAAGCAGAAACACAAGAACAAAAGGCUCAUAAAGGAGCAGAAGGAGCCUGUGCCCCUCCCUCAGAUCCUGGGCCUGACUGCCUCUCCAGGGGUUGGGGGAGCCACGAAAAUGGAAAAAGCCGAGGAGCACAUACUGCGUAUCUGUGCAAACUUGGACGCUUCCAGAAUAAUGACAAGGAGCCACGAGGAAUUCAAAAAGGAGCAAAGAAAAAUAAUUGUUUCUGUUGAAGAUAGGAGGGAGGAUCCCUUUGGUGAUGUAAUCAAGAAAAUUAUGACUGCCAUCCACAACCAUGCCGAGCUGACCCCCACCUGUGACCUCGGCUCUCAGAAUUACGAACAGUGGGUUGUUCAAAAAGAACGACAAGCUGCAAAAGAUGAAAAUCAGAAAGUACGAGUUUGUGCAGAGCACCUCCGACAGUACAGCGAGAGCCUGAAUCUCAGCAACACGAUUCGCAUGCAAGAUGCCUUCAGUUUCCUGAACAAAUACUACGAGGAGGAGAUGAAGAAAAAAACUGCCCCAGAGGAGGAGCAUAAGAUACAAAUCACAGAUACUGAGAGGUUCCUCUUCAAUCUGUUUAAAGACAACAAGAAGGAGCUGGAGACUCUAGCAAAGAAUCCGGAGUAUGAAAAUGACAGUCUGUCAAAACUAAGAACUAAAAUUCUGCAUGAGUUCAGCUCUCGGGAUGAAGCCAGAGGGAUCGUUUUCAUCAAAACACGACGCAGUGCCAUUGCUCUAAAUCAGUGGAUACAGGAAAACCCCAAGUUUGCUGACAUUGGAGUGAAAUCAGCAUAUGUCAUUGGAGGAGGAGACCAGAGCGUUGUUAAACCAAUGACCUCGGCAGAGCAAAAGGAUGUGUUGAAAAAAUUUGGCAACGGUCAAGUCAACCUGCUGAUUGCUACCACAGUAGCCGAGGAAGGCUUGGACAUACCAGCCUGCAAUUUCGUUAUCCGAUAUGGCCUUGUGACAAACGAGAUCGCUAUGAUUCAGGCCCAAGGCAGAGGAAGAGCCGAGGACAGCAGUUACACGCUGGUCGAGGUGAAGAACUCCGGGGUGGCUGAAAAGGAGUGCGUCAAUGAAUACCGCAAGAACAUGAUGAACAAAGCCAUUCAGAAAAUUAAAUUGUUAAAUCAGGCAGCCUAUGAAAAAAGGAUCACUGAGUUUCAGAUUCAGGCUAUAAUGGAAGAGAAAGUAAGAAUGACGAAGAAGAAGCAGAAGGACAUAAAGAACGAGAGCCCAUCUAAUGUGAAGUUUAGCUGCCGAAGCUGCAGCGAGCCAAUCUGCACGGGCGACGACAUCCAGAUCAUCGAAAACAUGCACAGAGUCAAUGUGACGUCACAAUUUAGAAAACUUUACAUUCAGAGAGAAAAUACUACUCUUCAGGAGCGCCUUCUCGACUAUGAGACCAACGGCUUCAUUGCAUGUAAAAACUGCGGACAGAGAUGGGGUUCAAUGAUGAUGUACAAGGGGAUCGAUUGCCCCUGCCUUGAUGUGAAAAACUUUGUGGUGAAUUUAAAUGGAAAGAAGAUUAGCAAAUGCACCAAGUGGAAUGAAGUCCCCAUCAAGUUUUCUGCCUUCGACUACGCUGAACAUGCAAGCAACAUGACCAUGUCCGAUAACUCGGACGAUGACGAAACAAUGUGAAUUACAACCACGUAGAAUAACCAGCGAUCGAGAAAGCCUUGAUUUCUAUUGUGUUGCCGUAUGGCCGACACAGGAUUAAUAACCUUAUCAGACUAGUAAAUGUUAUGUUUCCUUUGAAUGUUUACUUGUUAACUGGAGACAUGAAUGGUGAUGGGACUGAAGUGUGUUUGUGAAGAAAAAGUGCGAAUGUUUUACAUCAUUUUAAUGGUUAAAGUAUUAUUGUGAAACGUACAAGAUUGCAGAAUAAGGGUGUUACUCUUCAAUUAUGUUCGCAUUUGAUGGGAUUUACUGUUGAAAUAAUGCAUGAUUACAGUGUAUUAAUUUGUAAGUGUUUGUCACUGGUAUUAAAUGAACUGGAAAAGCAAAGCAAAAAAUAAAGUAUAUAUAUAUUUUUCCCUUUCAAA